CAACAUUAGAUACGGGGAUUAUUAUCCACUUUACAGUGCGAAUUUCACCGAAAUGCAUUUUCAAAUUCAGUUAGCACUAGUAGUGUUUUGUUGUAUUAUCUACAAUACAUUUGGUUUGCGAUGCUAUUCCUGCUCAUACACGUCGUUGGAAUCGGAUCGAUCUUGUUUAAUGGCAAGAGCUAACACGAGUACCGUGGAAUGCAGUUACCGUUUUUGCACUAUAAGGAGGAUAGAAUUCUUGGAUCCAAGUGGGGUGGUAGCCAGCUUCCGGCGAGGAUGCGAUCAACUACCUGACUAUUUCAAUCACGAAAUUACAGACUCCACAUACCGUACAUUCUACAGAGCUUGUACCACGGACCUAUGCAAUAUUGGUAACGGUAUACAAUCGGUCGGGGGGAUGGGCCUAUCACCCGAACAAGGAGUCUAUGGGAAGAAUUUAUUGGUUCCUGGAACAGAAAGCAGCGGAACCGUUAUCCAUUUGUCUGUUAUGUUAUCAUUGCUUUUAGAAAUAGUAUUUAUUCAUGUUGUUUAUUAAUUAGUUGUAUAUUCAGUUAAAUAUAAUAAUUUUUGAAUACUGUAAUAGUGUUGUCUUCAUAAAACUUAUUUAAUUAAUUUAUUGCGUCAUAUUGUUCCUUCGUGAGGUCCAGGUAUUUAGAUACUUAAUAAUGUAAUAUUUUAUCGGGUAAAAAGCAGAUGCAUUAUGAUAAUGACAAAAGUAUUCGGUGCCUAAACAGUUCAAAAAAUCCUGCUACAUAUAUGGCAAUAAGUAAAUUAAUCAAACAUCAUUGCACAUACUAGAACCAAAAAACCAAACACCUAUAUGCUAAUGUAUACAUAUAAUAAAAUGGUAGGAAAGUCAAAACUGUAUAUUGAAUAUUUUUUUAAAAGAAUACUUGGGAUGUGAUCUGCAAUCGAUACCGAAGCCAAAAAUAUAGUUUUUAAAUUUU